UUGCUACCGCAAGCGGCAAGUGGAGCAUUCCGCAGCGAUGGAAUAGCUUGCGGACUGUUACCGGGUCUAACACGUCGUCAGCGUACGGUUUGUUCACGUCACCCGAGUGCUGUGCGCUAUGUGAUUGACGGCCUGAAUGCAGCUGCACACGAGUGUCAACUGCAAUUCUCCGACCAACGAUGGAAUUGUUCCGCAACACACACCGGAUUCGCUUUACCGCAACUGAAAAUUGCGAGUCGAGAAACAGCGUUCGUGUUUGCGCUAUCGUCUGGUGCAGUUAGUCAUGCACUGGCUAGAGCAUGCUCACGUGGUCAUAUAGCUGAUUGUGGAUGUGGUCCCAUACCCACACAACAGCCCACGAAACAAUUCAUCUGGGCCGGAUGUUCGGAUAACGUUCGAUUCGCGAACAGCUUCGGUCGUCGUUUCAUGGAUGCGGUCGACCUGCAUCACAGUGACGAUGCUAGAUCGUUGAUGAAUCUGCACAAUAAUCGAGCCGGUCGAAAACUGUUGGCGAAUAAUCUGAAACGUGAAUGUAAAUGUCACGGUGUGAGUGGAUCGUGUGUGACGAGAACGUGCUGGAGAGCCGUACCGAAACUCGAACAUUUUGCUACAAUUCUAAAGAAGAAAUAUUUGCACGCUUCACAGGUAACAGUCGCUCCGGAGGGUAAAUCGCUUGUUUUGCGUGUCGAAAAGAACGUCGGACGAACUGGACGUUAUUUACGGAAACGAAGAUCAGCAGCUCGAACCGAGCUUGUCUACUUGGAUGAGUCACCGGAUUACUGUAAAGAAGAUCCCACAAAUGAAGUGUUCAGCCCUCGUGGACGCGAAUGUGGUUCCAAAUGUCAUACGUAA